AUGUUGGCAAAAGGAAUCCGUAGUCUGUCUACUCCCAUCAAAGUGUGCGUUCGCAACAAAGCUACAGGGAUCAAAAUUUUGAGUGUUUCUAAUGAUUUGCUUCCGUAUAAAGGAAAGGUUGCUACUAACAAGUCCGUGAAGGUCGAAUUGAAAGCAGGGUUGAGUUACUCGUGGUGUUCUUGUGGUUUGAGUACACAACAGCCGUUCUGUGAUGGAUCUCAUAGAGCGACAGGCGUUACAGAUGUCAAGCCUAUUACAUUCCAAGUUGAGAAAAGUGGAUCCUAUAGGUUAUGCAACUGCAAACAAACUGAUUCAAGACCGUUGUGCGACGGAAAACAUAAAGCGGUUGAUCCUACCCCAGCACAUGCUGAGUCCUCGAGAAUGGUUGCUUUCGGAGAUUCAAGUUCAGCUGUUUACAAUGGUGUAGCUCACAAGCUCGGAUACAAACCCAAGAAUGGAGGUUUCCAGUAA